CAAGCGCAGAGCGUUGCUCAAGAUGUGCCCGAUCAGGUAAGUCAGUACUAUUCGGUCGACAGGACGGAACGGUGCGCGAUCUCCCGCGAUCUUGCGAAAUCCACGCGCGCAGUGAAACAAAGCAUCAAACAUGACAACUGCAACUCUAGUGCAACCUUCGGGGGAGAUGUGGAAGAAAAUCAGGGUGGAGCUAAACGAGAACGUCGACACCAGGGACCAGGACCUGGCCAUCAUCAAGGACUGGAUGAAGAAGCAGCCGCAUUUGCCCGAUAACUGGGAUGACAGCCGCAUCAUGACCUUCCUCCGCGGCUGCAGCUUCUCCCUGGAGAAGACCAAGCGUAAGCUGGACAUGUACUUCACAAUGCGCGCCGCUUGUCCGGAGUUCUUCACCAACAGGGACAUCACCAGACCCGAACUCCAUGAUCUGGCUACAAGAGCUCAAGGACCCCCAAUGCCUGGUUUGACUCCAAAUGGCCGCAGAGUAACCAUCUGUAGAGGUUUGGACAAGAACUUAGACACGAAUCAGUUGAACGAUGCCUUCAAAGUGGCGAUGAUGAUUGGUGAUGUCAGACUCGCUGAAGAAGUAGAGGGAGUGGCUGGUGACGUUUACAUUCUGGAUGCUAGUAUAGUGGCUCCGAGCCAUCUGGGCAAGAUUUCCCCUUCAGCUGUCAAGAAGUUCUUGAUUUGUGUUCAGGAAGCGUACCCCGUGAAGCUGAAGGAAGUCCACGUGGUCAAUGCUUCGCCCAUCAUAGACACCGUGGUCAACCUGGUGAAACCCUUCCUCAAGGAGAAGAUCAAGAAUAGGAUCUUCAUCCAUACGGACGUGAAGACACUGUACGAGCAUGUACCGAAGGAAAUCCUGCCAGAAGAAUAUGGUGGCUACGGCGGCUCCUUGGACGAAAUUAACAAAGCCUGGAUGAAGAAAUUAGCCGACUACAAGGACUGGUUCAAGGCCCAGGAGUCGAUCAAAGCAAACGAGGCUCUAAGACCAGGGAAACCGACCAACUACGAUGAGCUGUUCGGCAUCGAUGGCUCGUUUAGACAACUGUCCAUCGAUUAGAGCAAAUAGGUUAAAUUCUAAUUUGUAAGCAACUUAGAUAUUUUAUAAUCAGAAUGGUAAGCUAUUUUCUAUUCGUAUCCUAAGAGCCGUUUAGCCGUCUAAACAGGCCACAUUGGAGCAAUUCAUCUAAAAACCAAUACUGCAUUAUGUGCAAUCACAGUAGGGGCAUCAUGUCAACAAAUAAAUGUCAAAUAGCAAUAUCGUUACUAUGCCAAAAUGCAGUGCUUCGCUUUGAUACCUAUUAUACUAAUUGCUUCAAUAUGGCCUUUUUAACUCCUCUGGUUUGCAACAGUUAAGGAAUAAGUUUACUAUUCUAAUUAUGCUAUAUCUAGGUUUUAUUAAAUGUAAAUGUGGUGUGAAGGAAUGCCCCUGAGAAUCUAAUAGCUCGGACUAAAUAAGACUUAAUGGUUUUAAUAAAAGCUGAUAAAUAUUAUUAUAUAAGUAGAUAUAUAAUGUAAUAACAAGCUUAUCACAUCCCUAAGGAGUGAAAUUCUCUGUCGUCUUCUGUAUUUUCGAAUGCAUAUAACGGGUUAUUUCAAGGCCAGAGUGAACAGGCACCUUCUGCGAGCGAGCUCCAUCUUAGGCCUCGUUAAUGAUUACGGGCAAGUCUGGGGCCAAGAGCAAACCCAUCAAAGGUAAAAAAACCCACUGGUGUGAGGCAUAUGCGUAUAUUAUAUAUACUUCUUCCACAACUAAAUAUAAUUCCAUUUGUAAGAAAAAUAUGCGUACCUAGUAAAAGUUGUUGGAGUAUUCAGUUAUAUGGCUCUAUCCCUACCUACCUAUUAAUAAGGAUUAUACCCGUGAAUUGAAAUUAAAAAUAGCCCUUAAUAGUUUAAUAAAUUUAAACAUCUCUCUACACUAGAUUAUGUAAUGAAAUAUUUCAUAUUGUGAUAUUUUAUGAUAGGUUUAAGUACUUACUAGAAUAAAUAUUCGUAAAAAGCAACGUGUUUCAAUCUUCUCCUAUAUCAUCAUCAUCAGCCUAUUUACGUUCUAACUAUUAUAAUUCGUACUGUUAUAAUACUAUAAUGUCUAUGAGAGACAAAAUCUUGUACAUUAUUGUAUCAGUGACAAUGAUUAUACCAACAUGGGGUAGCAGUAUAAUUGUUUAGAGAUGUAGGUGUUUAGCACAAAGAUAAGUUUGAUAAUGAACUUCACUGAUUUUAAUUAAUUAAUUUUGUGGAAGUAAAAUAAAACCACCAUUAUAGUUACAUGGUUAAACA